AUGCGCCCUGCAUUAAAACGACUCAUUUCUAGAUAUUCAUCAUUGAAUCUCCUUCGAUAUCUAGUACGCGCGACGCAUACCCCGCUGCCCACAGAAAUUCGAUAUGAUAGUGUUGGUAGAAAAUGCAAUCGAAACUACGCAAGUCUGGGCAUUGGGUUUGAAGCUGCACUUCAACAUGGCACACAGUUUGAUAGCUCAGAUUCCGUGAAACCACCUAUCCGCCAUGUCAUGUCAAAGAGAGUCUCGAAUGGCUCCCGCGCAAUUGUGCCUCACGCCGAUACGGAAUCGAUGACUACCAAGGAAUACAAAAGAUGGAAAGAUUACUUUACACCUCACGAACUCGAAUAUGAAUCAAGGGUUUCCAAAACGCCUCACGAGGACGGAGUACGAUUAGUAGAUAAUCCAGUUUAUGAGAACGACAUGGAAUUGUGGGCGGUACUUUUAGUGCACAGGCGACGAAUUUAUGGUAUCGAGGGGGUGAGGAUUAUCUGGGAAGCGAUACGUACCAGGAACAUUCAAUUACCGGUUGAAGGCAUGGCAUCUUGGACGAUGUGGGGAGCAUUUGUCGAUUUAGGUCUAUAUGAUGAAGCUGUGCUUGAAAGCAUCAUUCAAUAUGCAGAUGACCUACUUCAACAAACUGGCCAACGCUGGAAUGGACUUUACAUGAGACUCAUGUAUCAUCUUCUAAUGAAUGAUAGAGGUGCCGAAGCAUUUCAAUGGCAUCGAAAACUAAUUGUGGGGCAUCCGCCGCAUGCUAAAGCUUUUGAGAAGUUAUGUUUCAAAGUGAUUACACUUAAAGGGGAUAUUGAAGCUCUCCGAAAAAUUUAUGAAGCAAGUAAAUUUCAUGUCUCGUACUCCAGCAUUAUGGUACCAUUUUAUCAUCAGAGAGAAUACGCAUCUGCAUACAAAUGGCAUUUCUCGCUCUUUCAGAAAACAGACUUUCCAAAAUCUGCUAGACCUGCCGAAGAUUUGAUUCGACAUUUGACAAGAUUUAAAAGCCCACUAGCUCUCAGGGUCGCUCGCAGUCUGGUACAUGUAGGAUUAUCAUUACCCCCUGCUCUGGAGCAUGAGCUUAAAGUCACUCGAAGUAUAUCCAGAGAGAUGAUGAACCUCAUCCAUGGUGAGGUCUUCCACAUAAAGCCCAAGAAAUAUGAUGAUGAAUUAGGAGCUCGAUGGCUUGCUACAACAUGGGUGCCAUUGGAUGUAUCCAUACAGUCCAUUCACGCGCUUGGAGUCAGGGAAAUUGGACCUUUGUCGUUCCAGUCUAUUGCUCUGCGGGAUUCGAACAGCAAAGCCAUUAUCAAGAGGCUUCACCAGCUCGCAGAACUUGGUAUAUCUCCCGGUCAAUCGAAGUUUGUCAAGGCAGUGGAAACUUUUGCCAGAGAGGAAAAUCACGAAUUGCUGAACGCCUUGUUGAAUAGUGACCAGCAUCCUGCAGCACUUGACGAUUGGAUACUUCAGGAGAAGCUCUUGGCUUCUUAUGCAGCCAGGGGACAACUAAAGGAAUUUCAGCGAACCAUGGCCAUACGAUUAGUCGGAAGCAGAACUCCUGAUUUUGAUGUUUACAACAUACAUCUUAGGAUAUGCGUAAUCAGACACCAAUGGAAUGCUGUGCUGAAGACUUUAACCGAAAUGCGGAUGAAUCGUGUACCAGCGAAGCCAGGUUCCAUAUCGUGUAUUCUGCGGCAACUAUUGCGGCCACGUCGGCGCGGUCGGCGACCGGUGGCAGAUCGUAGGCACAACAAAAUUGAUGAUGUAACUAUGGCGACCAAAAUUCUAACUGGUAUCAUGAUAUCCGGUUCUUCAGUUCCAGUGCACCAUUGGAUUGAAAUCAUUAGACGACUAGGAAUGCUUGGACGCGAAAAAGAUUUACACAAUUUGUGUAUGUUUUUAGCUUCCUGGUACGGCUCAAGAAAUCAUAAUCUUCUACCAGGUAUUAAUUAUCUGCGGAUCCGAGAUCGCACACAGGUUUCAGAUGACUUGGUAUCCCCAUUGCACCAACAACAUCCUCUUAAGCGUCUCUUCCCAUCCAGUUUACAGAGGGCCAUUGUGGAAUGGGGCUUUCAACGAGCAUUAGUCAGUCCAUCGCCAAAUGUUCCAGGUCUUGCAAGUAUCAACAAAAAAACUACAUACAACAUCACGAAUGGCAUUUUAUUUCUGCGAGAACUUCACCAUGUUGGUGUAGAGAUUGAACCAGAUGCAAUUAAGAGAGCAGUUGUUGAUCGCUUGAUAAUUCUAUAUGGGCCGGGAAGAUCCAAUGUUAAAGCGAAUCGACGUGCUCGAACUUUGAAUCCCCUGAGCUUGGAGGAGAUGCUGGCUGAAAUCAAUGAUUGUCUGCCAGGAACAAAAAUGUUCCCUGAUCCAGAUGCGGCAAAAUAUAUUCGCCACCGAGCCAAUGUGAGGUUUCUGAGAAUUAAACGUUGGCGCAUGAAGCGAUAUGCUAGAUGGCGAUUGACAGGGAGACUUUAA